AUGUCCCUCGUAUACAUAAAUAUUAUAACAGCAUUCGCAGUAUCUCUCACAGGACUAUUGAUAUAUCGAUCUCACCUAAUAUCCUCCCUCCUAUGCCUAGAAGGAAUAAUAUUAUCUCUAUUUAUCAUAGCCACCCUAAUGAUCCUAAAUUCACACUUCACCUUAGCCAGCAUAAUACCUAUUAUCUUACUAGUUUUCGCAGCCUGCGAAGCAGCACUAGGCCUGUCCUUACUAGUAAUGGUAUCAAACACAUAUGGUACCGAUUACGUACAAAACCUUAACUUAUUACAAUGCUAA